AUGUCAAUGUUUGGAGUUUCUCAACCUCAGAGUCAGCCUCAAUCUAAAUCUCAAUCAUCUGGUGGACUUUUUGGCCAGGCUGCUCCUGUUCAAUCAUCAUUAUUCAAUAAUCCUCAGCAGCCAGUGAAUGCUAAAAGCUGUUUCUGCAAUGCUAAUCAACAACCGUCAUCACAAGGAGGAUUUUUUGGAAGUUCUAACAUCAAUUCUCAAGCUUUUCCACAACAAUCUCAAUCUCUACCCCAAACUUCUUUUUUCCCUGCUCAAAACCAACAAACAGGAAGCUCUUUCUCCUUUUCAAACGCUACUUCCCAACCUCCUCAGCCCCCUCAGUCUUUAUUCUCGCCUGUAUCAAAUUCAGACGAUCCUAUUGCAUUAGCUCAGCCACCAAAAUCUAAAAUUCAGCUAGUUUUUACUAACGACAGUCAAAGUUUGCUAAAUGCCAAACCAUAUGGGCUUAAUAUUGCUGUUGGAACAUCAGAAAAGCCUGCUGAUUUUACUAUUAUAGUAAAUGGCACAGACACCUUUAUGCUUUCCUCAGAAAUUUUAAAAGAAAGAUCUGACUUCUUUAAAAGAGAACUCGAAGGAAAAGAAAUAGAAAAUUUGAAGCUGGAAAUAAGUAUUCCGUUUCCUAAUAUGCUUCUUGAAUUUUUCUUGUGGCUGCAUUAUCAAGAUCAAGGGAAAUUGUUGCAAAAAAUUCACUUCUUACAUGAGAUGCUUGAGAUCUAUGCAAUUGGAAGGAUAUUUCAAGUAAAAUCUGAGCUUGGGCUAGGAGAGCUCUUAUUGAGAAAUAGAAAUAUAUCUAGUUGUUUACCCUUCCAACAGCUUCCAGAUGUAUGGGAUAGGAAAUACAUUGAUUUCAAAUUUUUGACUAAGAUGUUAAAUCAAUCUGCAAUGGCAGGAUUUGGUGGAGGUCUGUUUGGACCCCCUGAUGAUGGAAAAAUUUAUUAUGUUUUUGAUUGGCUUGGAGAAAAAAGCUGCUAUUGUGAAGAAGAUAUCGAAGACUUGAAAAACUCAGACGAUUUCAAAAACAUGGGAGAAGUACUAGAAAGAAAUAACUAUUUGCCAAAGAACAUCAACUCAUAUGCUCAGCUAGCUAGAAGAUAUCCAGUUGCAAUUCAAACUAUCAGCGUUACAAGACUUCUGAAAGGAAUUAAUCUGAUUUAA